AUGAGCAUUCCCAAUUUAAGAAAAAUUGUGGCUGAUCUUCGGACUGAAGAGGAAGAGCGUAUGUAUUCCCGAAAGGCAUUCUACAACUUCAUUGGAUUUGUUGCGAGUUGUUUGGCCUUUACUUUGAUCAGUCAACGGGCAGCUAAUUAA